CUACGUGUGUUGACAUACAAAUGUGACCAGUAAGCAUGGCCCGUGCGUCAAUUAUUUUAAGUUUGUCACAGUAAAAGUGACGUACCGCAAGUGCAGCACACCAUACGAUUUCCUACUUUCGUAAGCAAUAAGUGUGCCAAUUUUAUAGGAAUGACAGUUUUGACAAAUGUCACAAGAUAUUUUGAAAAUGCGAUUGUUGAAUACAUAGAUGUCCACUUUACGUUGUGGUUGACAUGGCUUUUAGCGCCGCUUCUGCUUACCUUCAUGUUGCCUCUAGUCAUAUUUUUAAUGUUCUAUAUGAAUGCCGUUAUACUCUACAUUUACAAGCUACAUAGGGAACGUCUUCGACAUGCAUACGAGACAGACUUCUGGGAUGGUGCUCGGAAAACAAUUGCUGCCUUAUGGGACGCCCAUGGCUGGCUUUGGCAUGGUUAUGAAGUCAAUGGAAUGGAUAACAUCCCAGAUGAAUCACCUGCCUUAAUUGUUUACUAUCAUGGUGCUAUUCCUGUUGACUUGUAUUAUUUUAUAUCAAAGGCCUACCUUUUUAAGAAUCGUCUUAUACAUACAGUUGCAGACAGGUUCCUCUUCAAAAUACCAGGUUGGACAAUUGUAUCUGAGGUGCUGGGAGUGAUACCUGGCACAGUGCACACAUGUGCUAAUAUACUGAAGGAAAAUAACCUGCUUGCUAUUUCACCAGGCGGUGUGUAUGAAGCACAGUUUGGAGAUUCAUACUACAGACUAAUGUGGAAGAAAAGACUCGGUUUUGCAAAAGUUGCACUUGAAGCCAAAGCGCCAGUUAUCCCAAUGUUCACACAGAACUUGAGGGAAGCAUUUCGCAGUAUUGGUCUUGGUGGUCGUCUUUGGUUGAGACUAUACAACAUCACAAGGUUCCCUCUUGUUCCCAUAUAUGGGGGAUUUCCUGUUAAGCUUAAAACCCACAUUGGUAAACCAAUACCAUAUGAUGGCAGCCUCACACCAGAACAACUGCAGGCUAAGAUAGCUUCUGCUUUGGAAGAUCUUAUCCGGAAGCACCAGCGGACACCUGGAAGUAUUUUAAGGGCACUAAAGGAACGAGUUUAUGAAACGCCUAAAGAAAAAGAAACAUAAUACCUUUUCUUUUCUAUUUGCAGUGGAUUAGUGACAGAUUUUGAACAACGAUGGAGUAUUAUAUCUACUUACUGCCAUUUAUAAAUGCUAAAAAAAUGAGAAAGAGGCAACUCUUCAUUGGUGGUGUUUUUAUGAAUUAUAAUUAAUUCUCAUUGUGAUGUGUUAUUUUCACACUAACUCGUGCAUUAGAAAUAUAUAAAAGAGCCUGAUCUUAAUUUGAUGUGUGUGGAAACACUGUGCUUGAUUUAAUUUAUAUUAUUUUUGGAACUGGUGUAAGCUGGUCUUACAUGUCUUGUUUUAUCAUAAAGAAAGGAUGAUCAUUGAGUUUUUCUAUCAGGUGAUGAAUGUUUACAUUUUAGCACUUUUUCCCCUCUCUUUGUGUCAGUGGUGUAGAUUUUUCAUGAGCUUGAUUUAAACAUUAUAUUCUUCUAUGUGUAAUACAUGUUUCGGAAACAGUAUUUUGCUUCAUCAUUGAUGUAACAAAAAUACAAGAAAUGCAUAGCUAUGCAUCUUAAAACAAAGAAGCAAAGCUCCUGCUUUUCAUUUAUACAUGUUCUUAUAAUUUAUUUGCUGCCCUAAAGCAAUUGUCUCUUGAAGUAUUCACACAACAAAAAGUAAUUUUGUGAUGUAUUCAUGAUGAAGCUAACAUCAAAUUGAUUUUGAUGAUUAGUAAUACAAAUUACAAUUAUGUUGUCUAAUGAAUGGUUCAUUAAUAUUGAUUAAAAAUUAAUUGGUGAAUAGCCUUUUGUCCUUGAAGUAUUGGAAUCAAAUGAGAU